UUUGCUUACUCUCUCUCCGAAUUUUGACCUCAAAUGAUCCUAUAAAUAUAAUAAUUGUCCUCUUUCAUUCUCACAAUACCACAAGCAAAGCUUAGUGCUACUACAAAUUUGAAAAUACAAACUUCCAAUUUAGCUUAACACACUCCAUCUCUAUCUUCCUGAUCCUUAUCCUGUUAUUGCAUUAAUGGAGAGUGCACGUUUGAUCCAAACGUCCCUUUUGGUGUUUCUCUUGCUCUCUUUGAGUGUUUCUUUCGUGCAUUGCCAAGCCACUCGUGUUGGGUUCUACUCCAAAUCAUGCCCUCGAGCUGAAUCCAUUGUUCGCUCAACGGUCCAAGCUCAUUUCCAAUCUAAUCCCACUGUGGCUCCUGGAUUGUUAAGGAUGCACUUUCAUGACUGUUUCGUGCAGGGUUGCGAUGCUUCUGUCCUUGUUGAUGGGCCUAACACUGAGAAAACAGCCGGACCUAACCUUGGUUUGAGAGGAUAUGAAGUUAUUGAUGAUGCGAAGACCAAUCUUGAAGCUGCAUGCCCUGGUGUUGUUUCUUGUGCUGAUAUUCUUGCGCUUGCUGCUCGUGAUUCUGUCGUUCUGACAAAUGGACCAAAUUGGCAGGUGCCAACCGGACGCAAAGAUGGUCGAGUAUCAUUGGCUUCUGAUACUACCGAUUUGCCUGGCUUUACAGAGUCCAUUGAUGCUCAGAAGAAAAAGUUUUCAGCGAAAGGUUUAAACGCUCAAGAUCUUGUUACUCUUGUCGGUGGCCAUACUAUUGGAACUUCAGCUUGCCAGUUCUUUCAGUACAGAUUGUAUAACUUCACUACUACUGGAAAUGGUGCCGAUCCUACAAUCAACCCCAUUUUCCUUCCUCAAUUACGAGCACUCUGCCCACAAAAUGGUGAUGCCACAAGGCGUGUUGGACUGGACACCGGUAGCCAAAACAGAUUUGACUCAUCUUUCUUCUCCAACUUGAGGACUGGCCGAGGAGUACUUGAGUCUGAUCAAAAGUUAUGGACUGACGCCUCCACCAGAAAUUUUGUUCAAAGCUUGCUUGGGUCAAAUGCCUUCAAUGUGCAGUUCGGAAAGUCCAUGGUGAAGAUGAGCAACAUUGGCCUCAAGUCUGGUACUCAAGGUGAAAUUCGCAAAGUGUGUUCUAAGAUCAACUGAUCAAAAGUGCUCCAAGCUAAGCCACGAAGGAUGAUUACAAUUAUUCCCACCGAAAAAAAAAAAAAAAAAAUGUAUUCUAAUUUGUUCUUGAAUUUUAUUUCCAUUUUGGUGUAAGCUCAGGAGAUGUAAAAAAGUAUGUAAUGAAAAUUCUUUAUUUAUUGGCGUAAGCCAAUAGAUCAAGGGUCCUUGAGAAAGAUUUUCAGUUUAAUAACGAAAAGUAAUUUUGACUUUA